ACAAUUUUAUUCAUGAGGUAAGUCAUGUCUCAUGCUUGUGUCUCUUCAAAAGGAAGCAGAGAAAAAUAGGUACUCAACUUACAAUAUGAAUCAGAUUUUGGACAGAUAAUUUAUUCCUACUCACAUAAAGGAAUACUAAGCAUAAAAGAAUCAUAGCACAUAUUAUAGAACUAUUAGAAUAAAAUUCAGUAACAACCUAUAAUUACUAUUACAAUCUGCUGAGAGGCUGAUAAUUUGUCUACAUCAGAAUAUAGUCUGAAAGGCCUCUAUUUAGACAUUUUGCAUUUCACCUCAGCUUUUCCAAUCAAUUACAGUAAAACAGGCCAGAUUUGUCCCUUCUUCUUGAUGGUGGCUCUUCCCCCCAAAAGCACUGGAGUAGUUUCUGGGGCUUCUUUCCUUGCUUCUAACCCUCUGCACUGGAUCUUCUGAACUUACAAGGUCACUUACUUUAGGAAAGAUGAAAGAGGGAUGUGCUCAUCCCUCAUUCCAGGCACAGGCUUGUCUAGGCAGUAAUGUGUUAAAUAAGCCUUCUUAUACAAAACAGUUAUAUACAUCAACCAUGUCUGAAAAUAUGCAUCUUAUUCUACAGUCUAUGUCCAUCACAUUUUGGAAGAGAUAAGUAGCUUUUUUUUUGUCAUUUGGAGUCUGGGUAGUUAUUGUAUUGAUCAAAGUUCUUUAGUCUUCCAAAAUUGCUACAGUAUUAUUGGAGCCACAUGGUUCUUCUAAUUCUGUUCACUUGCUUCUUACCUUUUUUUUUUGAGACUGGGUCUCCCUAUUUUUCCCAGGCUGGAAGUGCAGUGGCCACUUACAGAAUCCAAAGGGUGAAAGGUUGAACUUCUAUUUCUGGUCUGGACUGGUUCACCCCUCCCUACGCAGCCUGGUGGCUCCCUCUGAUCCCAGGUUGUUCAGCACACCAGUGCCAGACUUUAUUUAGACACUUUUAGCCUACUGCAGCUCAGAAUUCCUGAGCCAAGUGAUCCACCAGCCUCAGUCUCCCAAGUAGCAGGGAUUACAGGCAUGCGCCACCAAGUCCAGCUUGCUCAGUUUAUACAAGUCUUCAGAUGGUUCUUCCUUUUAUCAUUGUCUCUUAAAAUGCAAUAACAGUUACAUUCUUAUGAUACAGAUUGUUUAGCCAUUCCCCAGUUGUUCAACAUCUCCUUGAUUUUCUAGUUCUUUCCUUCCACACACACACAGAAGUUAUAAAUAUUUUUGUCCAUAUGUGGUCUUUCCUUUGCACAUGAUCUCUUCAGAGCAUAAACCCAAUGGUGGAAAUACUGGGUCAAUGAAUAUUCACAAAUUUGGUGACUUUUGUAGUAUUGUUCCAAAUUGUUUUCCAGAAUGGAUAGAUUUCACAGCUCCAUUAAUUGUUCUUCAGUGCACCUGUUCUCCUACAUUCGAUAUCCAACAAUGAUCACUUUCUUUUUUUGUCAUCUUUGCUAUUCGGAUGGAUAUGAGGUGAACUCUGGCAGUGUACUGAAGAUACAGAAUAAUCAUCAAUAGAUGUCUUGUUUUUCACUUUAGGUUGCUGCAGAGAACUUACUCUCACAUUUUUUAGAUGGGUGUACAUGUGGAUAAAAUUAUGUGAUAUGUAGUGAUCAACAGUUCUAAGGUGGUUUGAUUAUGUGCAGACAUUUUAUUACAUACAUUAGGGAUUGUCUGAAAGCUUCUGAUCAAGCUUCAAGCAACAUAUUUUUACUGGUCCACAGAGGACAUAUCAUUAAGGGAGCUCUUUAAAUUUCAAAUUUCAAAUAGGCAGAAGAGUCUCACUCAAAAGCAGAAAAAUAUUAAAAACCAAAUGACAUGCCAAUACACUUUGAAAGGUAGCUCCCCAAAAGGCAUAUUCAAGUUAGCUAAAGUGUGAUGACUAGAGAGUUGGCAUCAGGAUCAGUUAGACAUGGUCAAAUGACCCCCUCUGACACAUAGGGGGUGUGUGACCUUGAGCAAGCCACAUAACCUCUUCCUGCACUCAGAAAACUCUCUAAGACUAUAAGGUCCAAAGAAGGUACUGAUCUGCAUUCAUGGAGGGAGCUCCUUGCAGGAAUUCCACCCCCAAAGGUAACCAAUGAAAUCAGCUCCAAAAAGUUAGCUAUUUCAUGGUCAUGAGUGAAACUAUACCAUAUACUUAAGUCUUCUGUGUACACAGAAAUACUAUAUGUACACUGAAUCCUAUUGGAAAGAAAAGAAUCACAAUACCUGGCAUUUACACAACAAACUUCAAAGUGAGUUAAUUCCAUUAAUUUAUAUGAGCCACACAGCAGCCCUAUGAAGUAGGUCCUACAGGUAUUAUUAUCUCCAUUUUAGAAAUGAGAUAACUGAAGCUCAAGGAGGAAAAAUGACUUGCCCAUUGGCCACUUAGAAAUUAUCAAAGGAGCAUCAACGUCAUUGUCACUACCAUCCUCCUCCUCAUCACUGAGGUCAUCAUCUUCAUACCACCCCUGUCUCCUCCACCCUUUCCCCAUUCCCAGCCCCACCACCAUCAUCACCAACAAUAUUUAUAUUGCUUUUCUGGUUUGCAGAGUCCUUUACAUACAUUAUAUUAUUUGAGCCUCAAAACCCUGUUAGGUAGGCAUUACAGGUAUUAUCACCCCCUUUUACAGAUGAUGUAACUGAAACUCGGAGUGAUUGAGUGAUUUGCCCAUGCUCUUGAAGCUUAGCAAAUGUCAGAGGCAGGAUUUAAAAGCCAGGUCUUCCUUAUCUGAAUAUGAAAAAUAUUCGAGUUUUUUUAAUUUUUAGGUGGUAGUGCUGCAUGCAUGUCAUGUUGCCUGUCUCUGGCGUACACCUGUCAUGUGUAUGCUCCUUGUGUUGGUAGGGGUAUGGGGUGGGGAGGGUGAAGGAAGGUAGAAAGAGAGACAGAGAGACAUUGACACAGAAAGAUAGAGAGACAAAAGACAGACAGACAGGGACAGGGGUUGGUGGGGGGAGAGGAGAGGAAGAAAAAUAGAGAGAGAGAGGGAGAAAAAAAGGGGGGGGGAGCAGUGUUUAGAUGAGAAGAUCCCAGCUGUUGCUGAGACUGAAGGCUGCAGUCACAGAGAAAACCUGCCAGUACCGACGCCCUUAUUAUCCCUACCAACUGCAGCUCUGCUUCCUCUCUCACUUCCUCCAUUCAGCCCACAGCAUCAUUGCAGACCCUGCAGCGAAGACAACUUAAAAAAAGAGAUAAAAAAUAGAGAAAAAGAAAGAAGCCCCCAGCCCCCCAAUUUCACUGCCCCCAACACUAUCAUAAUCAUCGGCCCAGUAGUAACAACACGAAUAAAAUAGCCCCAGAGCCACAGCCACCAGUCCCCCCUCGAUCACGCAAUGACGGGUGGGAGCUGCGCUAGGUAAGGUGCUGGGGAGUCUCCGCCUGUGUCGGAGCCGCGCGCGCCCUGGUGACUGAUUUCUUCCCGGCUUCGCUUCUCCCCGGCCCGAGCUUCCCCGGUGUGGCCGCCGCCGCCGCCGCUUCCCCGCGAUGCCCGUGCCCAUGGUUAUUCUUAGGGUUACAGGGUAUUUUAUUGUUUUAGCUGACCAAAGUUAAUUCCAGCAUGCUUAAAAGGAAACAGAGUUCUAGGGUGGAAGCCCAACCAGUUACAGACUUUGGUCCUGAUGAAUCUUUGUCUGAUAAUGCAGAUAUAUUGUGGAUUAACAAACCAUGGGUUCAUUCCUUGCUGCGCAUCUGUGCCAUCAUCAGUGUCAUUUCCGUUUGUAUGAAUACUCCAAAGACAUUCGAACACUAUCCCCCUCUUCAGUAUGUCACCUUUACCCUGGAUACUCUUUUGAUGUUUCUCUACACAGCUGAGAUGAUAGCAAAAAUGCACAUUCGUGGCAUAGUUAAGGGGGAUAAUUCCUACGUGAAAGAUCGCUGGUGUGUUUUUGAUGGAUUUAUGGUCUUUUGCCUUUGGGUGUCUUUGGUGUUACAGGUAUUUGAAAUUGCUGACAUAGUUGAUCAGAUGUCACCAUGGGGAAUGUUGAGGAUCCCAAGGCCUCUUAUUAUGAUCCGGGCAUUCCGUAUUUAUUUCCGAUUUGAGCUACCAAGAACAAGGAUAACAAAUAUUUUAAAGCGUUCAGGAGAACAAAUUUGGAGUGUUUCAAUUUUCCUACUUUUCUUUCUACUUCUAUAUGGAAUUUUAGGAGUUCAGAUGUUUGGCACUUUUACCUAUCACUGUGUAACAAUUGACACUCAGCCGGGAAAUGUGACCUGGAAUAAUUUAGCUAUCCCAGAUACCCACUGCUCCAGAGAAAUAGAAGAAGGUUAUCAAUGCCCACCAGGAUUUAAAUGCAUGGACCUCGAAGAUCUGGGACUUAGCAGGCAAGAGCUGGGCUACAGUGGCUUUAAUGAGAUAGGUACAAGCAUUUUCACUGUAUAUGAGGCUGCCUCUCAAGAAGGCUGGGUAUUCCUUAUGUACCGAGCAAUUGACAGCUUUCCACGAUGGCGUUCAUACUUCUAUUUCAUCACCUUAAUAUUCUUUCUUGCCUGGCUCGUUAAGAAUGUAUUUAUUGCAGUCAUUAUUGAGACAUUUGCAGAAAUCAGAGUACAGUUCCAACAAAUGUGGGGAUCCAGGAGCAGCACUACUUCAACAGCUACAACCCAGAUGUUUCAUGAAGAUGCUGCUGGAGGAUGGCAACUAGUGGCUGUGGAUGUCAAUAAACCCCAGGGCAGAGCUCCAGCUUGCUUGCAGAAAAUGAUGAGGUCUUCAGUUUUUCAUAUGUUUAUACUAAGCAUGGUGACUGUAGAUGUCAUUGUUGCUGCUAGCAACUACUACAAAGGAGAGAAUUUCAGAAGACAAUAUGAUGAGUUCUACCUGGCAGAGGUGGCCUUUACCGUCCUGUUUGAUUUGGAAGCCCUUCUGAAAAUCUGGUGUUUGGGAUUUACUGGCUAUAUUAGCUCAUCUCUACACAAAUUUGAACUGCUCCUGGUAAUUGGAACUACUCUUCAUGUUUAUCCUGAUCUCUAUCACUCACAGUUCACAUACUUUCAGGUUCUUCGAGUAGUUCGACUUAUUAAGAUUUCUCCUGCUUUAGAAGACUUUGUAUACAAGAUAUUUGGUCCUGGGAAGAAACUUGGGAGUUUGGUUGUGUUCACUGCCAGUCUCUUAAUUGUGAUGUCAGCAAUUAGUUUACAAAUGUUCUGCUUUGUAGAAGAAUUGGACAGAUUCACAACUUUUCCAAGGGCAUUUAUGUCAAUGUUCCAGAUUCUUACUCAGGAAGGAUGGGUCGAUGUCAUGGACCAGACUCUUAAUGCUGUAGGCCACAUGUGGGCACCAGUGGUUGCCAUCUACUUCAUUCUGUAUCACCUGUUUGCUACUCUGAUUCUCUUGAGUUUGUUUGUUGCUGAUUUGGACAACCUUGAGCUUGAUGAAGAUCUAAAGAAACUUAAACAAUUAAAGCAAAGUGAAGCAAAUGCAGACACCAAAGAAAAGCUCCCUUUGCGCCUGCGUAUCUUUGAAAAAUUUCCCAAUCGACCACAAAUGGUGAAAAUCUCCAAGCUUCCUUCAGACUUUACAGUUCCUAAAAUCAGGGAAAGCUUUAUGAAACAAUUCAUUGACCGUCAACAACAAGACACAAGCUGCCUCUUACGAAGACUUCCUUCAGCUUCUUCCUCAUCCUGUGAUCAUUCCAAGAAAUCAGCAAUAGAGGACAACAAAUACAUUGACCAAAAGCUUCGUAAGUCUGUUUUCAGCAUCAGGGCAAGGAAUCUUCUGGAAAAGGAGACAGCAGUCACAAAAAUCCUCAGGUUCAGACCAAGGGCUUGUACCAGACAACGCAUGCUGAGCGGAUCAUUUGAGGGGCAGCCAGCAAAAGAAAGGUCAAUACUCAGUGUGCAGCACCAUAUUCGUCAAGAACGCAGGUCACUGAGACAUGGUUCUAACAGCCAGCGAAUCAGCAGGGGAAAAUCUCUUGAAACCUUGACUCAAGAUCAUUCAAACACAGUGAGAUAUAGAAAUGCACAGAGAGAAGAUAGUGAAAUCAAGAUGAUCCAGGAAAAAAAGGAACAAGCUGAAAUGAAAAGGAAAGUACAAGAGGAAGAAUUAAGAGAAAACCAUCCAUAUUUUGACAAACCCCUUUUCAUUGUUGGCCGUGAGCACAGGUUCAGAAAUUUUUGCAGAGUAGUGGUCCGAGCACGCUUUAAUGCUUCUAAAACCGACCCUGUCACAGGAGCUGUGAAAAAUACAAAGUACCAUCAACUGUAUGACUUGCUGGGAUUGGUUACCUACCUGGACUGGGUGAUGAUCAUUGUGACGAUCUGCUCUUGCAUUUCAAUGAUGUUUGAAUCCCCCUUUCGGAGAGUCAUGCAUGCACCCACAUUGCAGAUCGCUGAAUAUGUGUUUGUGAUCUUCAUGAGCAUUGAGCUCAAUCUGAAGAUUAUGGCAGAUGGUUUGUUUUUCACUCCAACUGCAGUCAUAAGGGACUUUGGAGGAGUAAUGGACAUAUUUAUCUAUCUUGUAAGUUUGAUAUUCCUUUGUUGGAUGCCUCAGAAUGUACCUGCUAAAUCAGGAGCUCAGUUGUUGAUGGUUCUGCGGUGCCUGAGACCCCUCCGAAUCUUCAAACUGGUACCCCAAAUGAGGAAAGUAGUACGAGAGCUUUUCAGUGGCUUCAAGGAAAUCUUUCUGGUGUCCAUUCUCUUGCUGACAUUAAUGCUUGUUUUUGCAAGCUUUGGAGUUCAGCUUUUUGCUGGGAAGCUGGCAAAGUGCAAUGAUCCCCACAUCAUGAGAAGGGAAGAUUGCCAUGGCAUAUUCAGAAUUAAUGUAAGUGUUUCCAAAAACUUAAAUUUAAAACUAAGGCCUGGAGAAAAAAAGCCUGGAUUUUGGGUACCCCGUGUCUGGGCCAAUCCUCGGAACUUUAAUUUUGACAAUGUGGGAAAUGCAAUGCUGGCUUUGUUUGAAGUUCUCUCCUUGAAAGGCUGGGUAGAAGUUAGGGAUGUUAUUAUUCAUCGUGUGGGGCCGAUCCAUGGAAUCUAUAUUCAUGUUUUCGUAUUCCUGGGUUGCAUGAUUGGGCUGACCCUCUUUGUUGGAGUAGUCAUUGCUAAUUUCAAUGAAAACAAGGGAACGGCGUUACUGACUGUAGAUCAGAGAAGAUGGGAAGAUCUGAAAAGCAGACUGAAGAUAGCACAACCUCUUCAUCUCCCACCUCGCCCGGAUAAUGAUGGUUUUAGAGCUAAAAUGUAUGACAUUACCCAGCAUCCCUUUUUUAAGAGGACUAUUGCCGUGCUGGUCCUGGCUCAAUCUGUGCUGCUGUCAGUCAAGUGGGAUGCUGAAGACCCAGUGACUGUUCCUUUAGCAACAAUGUCCGUUGUGUUCACCUUCAUUUUUGUCCUGGAGGUUACAAUGAAGAUUAUCGCCAUGUCACCUGCUGGCUUCUGGCAAAGCCGAAGGAAUCGAUACGACCUCUUGGUGACUUCUCUUGGUGUCAUUUGGGUGAUACUUCACUUUGCUCUCCUUAAUGCAUAUACAUAUAUGAUGGGGGCCUGUGUGAUUGUCUUCAGGUUUUUCUCCAUUUGUGGAAAACAUGUAACACUGAAGAUGCUCCUUUUGACAGUGGUUGUCAGCAUGUACAAAAGUUUCUUUAUCAUCGUGGGGAUGUUUUUAUUGCUGCUGUGUUAUGCCUUUGCUGGAGUUGUUUUGUUUGGUACAGUGAAAUAUGGGGAGAACAUUAACAGGCACGCAAAUUUUUCCUCAGCUGGAAAGGCCAUUACUGUGCUCUUCCGAAUCGUCACAGGGGAAGAUUGGAACAAGAUUAUGCACGACUGUAUGGUUCAGCCUCCAUUUUGCACACCAGAUGAUUUCAAAUACUGGGCAACAGACUGUGGAAAUUAUGCUGGUGCACUUAUGUAUUUCUGUUCAUUUUAUGUCAUCAUUGCCUACAUCAUGCUAAAUCUGCUUGUUGCUAUAAUUGUGGAAAAUUUCUCUUUGUUUUAUUCCACUGAGGAAGACCAGCUUUUAAGUUACAAUGAUCUUCGUCACUUUCAAAUCAUAUGGAAUAUGGUGGAUGACAAAAGAGAGGGGGUAAUUCCAACUUUCCGUGUGAAGUUUCUGCUGAGGCUGCUCCGAGGGAGGCUUGAGGUGGAUCUUGACAAAGACAAACUUUUGUUCAAGCACAUGUGUUAUGAGAUGGAGAGGCUGCAUAAUGGUGGUGAUGUCACCUUCCAUGACGUGCUAAGUAUGCUCUCAUACAGAUCUGUUGACAUCAGAAAAAGUUUGCAGUUGGAGGAGCUCCUUGCCAGGGAACAAUUGGAGUAUACCAUAGAAGAAGAAGUGGCCAAGCAGACUAUACGAAUGUGGCUGAAGAAGUGUUUAAAGCGCAUCAGAGCAAAACAGCAGCAGUCAUGCAGCAUCAUCCACAGCCUUCGAGAGAGUCAGCAACAAGAGCUGAGCAAGUUUCAACCUCCUAGCAUUGAGACAACACAGCCAAGUGAAGAUAUGAAUGCUAACAAUCAAGAUAAUACAUUACAGCCAGAGACAAGCAGCCAACAGCAGCUUCUGAGUCCAACUCUAUCAGAUAGAGGGUGUCGACAAGACUCUACAGAUGCCGGAAAACCCCAAAGAAAAUUGGGGCAGUGGCGGUUACCUUCAGCACCAAAACCAAUAAGCCAUUCAGUGUCUUCAGUCAACUUGAGGUUUGGCAGCCGCGCCACCAUGAAGUCAGUAGUAUGCAAAAUGAACCCCAUGACCGACACCGCUUCCUGUGGCUCUGAAGUCAAAAAGUGGUGGACACGGCAGCUAACUGUGGAGAGUGAUGAGAGUGGAGAUGACCUUCUGGAUAUAUGAAUACAAACCAAUACAAAUUAAAGUCUCAUUGUAAAACCAGUUUUCAUAUCCCCUUUCCUUUCAAGUGAACAAACUGUAACCAAUGUAUAACUUAACUCCAAUUUCUCCCAGGAUUGAUUUCUCCCCGCCUCCCCAAUAGAUCACCAUGCUGUCAUUAGGAUCACAAAACAGACCUGCCUAUUGAAGCUACAUUUGGGCAGUUGGCUAUUUUCCAUUCCCUAAAGAAUCUGUAUAUGAUGGUACUAUUACUAAGGUUAGAAAUCAUGUUAUAAACAGCUAUAGAUCAUUUAGAUGUCAUGUUCCCUGUCUCCAUAAAGUAAGAUGUAGAUUCAGAUAUGCCCUCCUGCAAAUAGCCCAAAGUGUCCAUUCAGGAGAAAUGGCUUUACUUCAUGUUUUCCCCAAUUCAUUUAGAACUACUUCUCUUAGGAGAAUCUAUUAUUUAUGAUUGAUCUGAAAAGGUCAGCCUGAACUCAUGCUAAGAGAUAGUAUUUUUACACACUCCAAAGUCUGAAUUUUAAAAAGGUACUUUUUUUUUCUUAUAUUAUUUUUUAAAUAUGCAAAAAAAGAAAUCAGGACAAGUCAAAUUCUAGCCUCAGGCAUCCUCACACAACUUCCCACUUGGUUAGAGGAAAUUUGUGUGUAGGAACCAGGCAAAGAAUUUGGCCUAGGGAGACUAACUGGCUUAAGACAAACCUGUAAAUAGAUAACUUGGGGACAUAAUUAUACAAAUAGCUUAACUUCCAUAAAGAGCCUUCAACAAAUAACAAUAAUAAUAACAAUAAAAUAAAAUAAAGGAAACUCUAUGGGGUUCGAUUCUAUAGGACUCACCUGUAUGGUAUCACUGUAGACUUCAUUUCUUACUUUUUUUUUUCCUAAUCAUAAUGACCUGACUCAGCAGUGAGAAUCUCAGUGCUUUGUCUCACUGUAAUACAACUUUUCUGCCACCAGAAUUUCCUGUGGAAAUAAUGGUCCCACCUAAGAGCAGUUAGGGUGUAUGACAACUUCUGUUCUUCCCAAAGUCAAUGGUGUAUCUCCUCUGAGAAAGUGUAGAAUGCCUGGAAAGCAGGAUUUGUGGCAUUUUUUGCUGGCCCUGGGAAGCAAAAGUGGAUCUAGAUCACAUAAUCCACCUUUACUGGGUUUUAAGGUUUGUUGUAUAGGACAUUUCAUACUUUUUUUUUUAGCUGUAAUUGUCUCAGAGAGUACAUAUUCCUUUUGGCGUUUGAUUUGCUUUAAGUUGGUUCGGUUCUACAUUUUCUUAAAAUAGCUUACAUUUGACUUUUUCUGUAUAACAUCUAUGAUGAAGUGUUGAAAGUCUGUCAUUAAUGAGAUUACUGGUAACUGUGAGAUUGUGGGAAACUACAUGUCGCUGUGGUCAAAAAAGGUUUACAUUUGGUUCUUUGUUUUGAAGCUUACCUUUUGUACAUAAUAAAAAAAAAAGAUAAAC